UUCGGAAUGUAACAACCGAUUUGAUUGGAUCAACAUUUACCUUUAAACCAACCAGAAAUACUUUGUCAAAGAAGAAUUCGACGAAAACAAGCCGUCGGAAAUUUACAUUAAAUGCAAAUAAAUCACCUUUUUUGCCAGUAACUGAAUGUGGUGAUGUCUCUGACAGACAGAGAAUGGGACGAUCUGAAGGCAUUGCUUGACAAGGCGGUCAACAAGUUUCUAGGAUUUAGUGAGCCAUCCCUGGUGACAGCUGCUCUUAACUGUAUAGAUAAAGGAUACGAUGAGAGAAAAACUGCAGAUAAGCUACAGGCGAUACUGGAUGAGAGACAAGCGCCAAUGUUUGCCGAGAAGUUGUUUGAUGUAUGGGAGAAUUACCGGUCCAGUAGCAAGUCACAAAGGAGUAAACGUAGAAAGUUUCAGGAUGAUCGGGAUGACAGAGAUGAAGGUCGAAAGAAAGCAAAGUUUGAAGAGAUCCCCGAGACACCGGAAGGACCGAGUCCUGGGCAACUUACAGAGGAAAAAAUCAAGGAAAUGAUGCAGACGGCACAGAAGUUGAUCCAGGAGCGGAAAGCUCAGAUGGCUGUUCAGAUGCCCUCUGCCCCUCCUGCCCCAUCACAAAAUACACAGGCUCAGAAGUUUAUGAAUGAUGCAAAGGAGAAGGCAAAGAGAGCGAAUGAACUUCAGGCGCAGAUACAGGCACGUAUGGCGAGCCUUGCUGGUCUCCCCGCUCCGAUGAAAGGAAUGCCACCGGUUAAAGCUAUGGAUAAGGCCAAUGAAGGUCAAACGAAAGCUGCUCCAGUUUCAAAUCCAACGCCAUUGAUUUUGGACAGUGAAGGUAGAACUAUAGAUGCCAAGACAGGCCAGGCCAUCACACUGACACACCAUGCUCCUACAUUGAAGGCAAACAUCAGAGCAAAAAGACGAGAACAGUUUAAAGGAUUGAUAGAUGCUCCACCAGAAGAGAUCAGUGCUUCCAAAUACUUUGAUCCCCGAGUUACUUUACUAGGUGCACAGAGACAGAAACGAGGCUUCAGAUUUCACGAGAAAGGAAAGUUUGAGCAGCUUGCCCAGAGGUUGAGGACCAAGGCCCAGCUAGACAGGUUACAGAGUGAGAUCAGUCAUGCAGCAAAGAAAACAGGAAUUGCAUCAGCUGCUAAACUUGCAACAAUUACUCCAAAGAAAGAAUUGGUUGAAGGUGAAAUACCAGAUAUAGAGUGGUGGGACGCCUAUGUUUUAAGACAAGUAGAUUCGUAUGAGGGUGUGCCAGACAAGGAGGAACUACGAUCAAGGCUGGAAGGAGUCACACACCUGGUAGAACAUCCAAUACAGAUGAAACCACCAGCUGAACCGGACAAGCCACCUGCCGUGCCUGUUUAUCUAACAGCCGCAGAACGUAAAAAGUUACGGCGACAAAAUAGGACAGAGGCCCAGAAAGAGCUGCAGGAGAAAAUACGUCUUGGUUUAGCCCCGCCUAUGGAACCUAAAGUACGAAUGGCCAACUUGAUGCGAGUUCUUGGUUCCGAAGCCGUUCAAGACCCAACAAAAGUUGAAGCCCAUGUCAGAGCACAGAUGGCCAAAAGACAAAAAGCUCAUGAAGAGGCCAAUGCAGCAAGAAAAUUAACAAAAGAACAGAGAAGAGAUAAGAAAAUAGAGAAGAUAAAAGAAGAUACUUCGUUAGGAGUUCAUGUUUCAGUCUACAGAGUGAAUGAUCUCAGUAAUCCAUCUAAGAAAUUCAAAGUAGAAACAAACGCCAAACAGCUCUAUAUGACAGGGAUAGUGGUGCUGUUUAAAGACUGUAAUAUUGUUGUUGUAGAAGGUGGACCAAAACAGCAGAGAAAGUUUAAAAGGUUAAUGAUGCAUUGCAUAUUUUCAGGACCAAAACAGCAGAGAAAGUUUAAAAGGUUAAUGAUGCAUAGAAUAAAAUGGGAGGAGGAUAAGCAGAGGAAGAAAAAAGAUGCUGAUGGGGAAACUGAUGAAACAGAAAGUAGGAAUAGAUGUGUUCUUGUUUGGGAGGGUACUACAAAGAACCGAGCAUUCGGAGAGAUGAAGUUUAAAGUGUGUCCUACUGAGGCAUUUGCUAGAGAACAGUUUAGGAAACACAGUGUUGAAUCAUACUGGGACUUGUCUUUCAGCGGAGCUGUAUUAGAGACAGCAGGGGAAGAAGUGUGAUCUUGAUGUAUAGUUUUAUAUUGAAAAUCCUGUGGAAUUUAAAGUUACUGGGUCAUUGAAUCAGCUGGUGAUAUAAGGCAUUGAUGUACACAAACUGUUAAAAAAGUUCUAUAGAAGUCAAUGAUUCUUGACCAGCUGAGUAAUGUGAUGAUGAAAUACUGUGUACACCCAUAGUAGGGUGGUCCCAAUUUACAUGUAUUGUGUUUGAGGAAAUAAACAAACAAGUUUGAUGUUAGUCUCAGUAAGCUCCCGGAUCCACUGUAGAUCCCUUCAUUAUUUGAGUACACAGUUUUAAUGUCAAGGUAUGUAUGGAAUGGUCGUCCGUGUCCAAGUGGUGAAGGUCACCGACUUAAGUCACUUGCCUCUCACCAUUGUGGGUUCAAAACAUCAUUUAUGAUUUAGGCUUCUUCAUCAUAGGAAGUUGUCCAUCUGGUUUAGGGAAGGGUGGUGAUUCUGCCAAGGUGCUCAACCAUAAUGAUGCUAUGCUUGGAGGAGCUCCUGGAGUCUUCCUUUACUCUGAAAAGGCUGGAAAGUCGUCAUAUGACCUAUAAUUGUGUGAGUGCAUUGUUAAGCCAAGAAAAAAUGAAAAGUAUGUGAGGGUACCUAAGCAACUUAAUUGUCCAUGUCACUAAUCUUUUGUAUGUCACUGCUGUCUUAUGAGCAAGGCUCAGUUGGUGUAAGGAGAUAAUCCGGCUGGCUUGCAGAAUGUAAAUAAUAUUACACAGUAUCAACUUGUUGGGACACCUUGGGCCUUCUGCCUUAGGACCCAAAUCUAAAACCUGCUAGAAUACCAGGUAUACACCAUCAUUUAAAGUAACUUGCUUGCAGUUAGUGAGAUGUUUUGUAACAUUCAUAUCCCCCAAGUUUGGCAUAGAAUGUAUAUGUGACACUAAAAAUUAGUAAAAUGAGUGGAAAUAAGUGUUAUUAUAUUGAUUAAAAAAAACAACAUGAAAAAUGUCAAUUUUCUCUAUUUAAUUUAAAAACCAUUGCCGGCAUUUUAUUUGCUUAGGCGCACAGUAUGUUUGGUAAUUUAUUCAGAUACCUUGCAUAAAAAAAACAUCGAUAAGUUUGUAUAACUGGACAUUUUUACAGUACCAUAAUUUUAUGGAUUUUUGAGACAGAGAAAAAAACAGAAAAAGAGAGAAAGAGACGCUUUCAUAACCAGUCCAGUGAUAUCUAGUAUACCUGAGCAGUUUGAAACAGCUGUGAUUUAUUGUUACCAGGUGUAUUAUGUGUUUAUAUAUGAAGUAAUUUACCCUUAUCAAAGGGCAAUGAUUGAUGGCAAUUUUCUUUGUAUGUUGGAAAAAUUUAUUGGCACAUGUUGACAGAUUGCAAGAAAUGGAGUAUUUUAUUGACUGCUGAUAAAAGAAAGUAAGGCAUUGACAUACAUAUUAAAAUGAACUUUGUAUCAACUGUAACAGGUAAGUAAAAAAAUUAAAAAUGUGUUUUUUUAAUUGGAAGAAUUUAUAGACUGAACUUUUUGAUGAAAAAAAAAGAGCAUUAGCACAUUCAAGGUCUAAAGUUAAUAGGUCUGGCCAUGAAAACUGAUAAAGAAAUUUAAUAUGUGUCCACUAGAUUUGCAGUAGCUUUCAGAGUGAUCUUCGGAAAUAGAUAUUGAAUUUUAAUCGAUCUGUUCAAAAAAGCAGAAAUUUUUCAAGUUUUAUUAAGGCAGGAGAAUUUUCAUCUCGGGAUUAAAAAAUGUGAACUUUUCUGUCAAAAGAGGGAUUUCAGUAUUGCUGUUACUAGAUACACAAAAAUGUGAUAAGAUUAAGAAUUUUUAGGUUUUUAUGAAUUGCAGGGUUAAUUAAUUAACCAAACGCAAAAUUCUGCUGAUCGUUAACUGAAUGAUACUAAUAAGGUUUAUACUAAUAUCAAGUUUCAUAUGAAAGUUGGCAUCGAUUUUAAGCUCGACUUUUUGAAGAAAAAGUAGAGCUUUUGCACUCACCCGGGUGCCGGCAUCGCUGUUGGUUAAAGUUUUUUAUAAAAUCAAAUAUCCAGUUAUUAACUAUUAAAGUCUACACCAGGAGAAACAAUCCUCAUAACUCUCAUUUGAAUUUUGACAGAAUUAUGCCUCUUUUUAACUUUUUUGAUAAAGUCAAAUAUCUCUGUCACUAUUAAAGCUUAUGACUUGAAACUCAAAAUAGUUAUUUACUAUCAAAAUCUACACCAGGAGACACAAUUCCCAUAACUCUGAAUUGAAUUUUGACAGAGUUAUGUCCCUUUUUAACUUGGAAUUUUUUUACUGGCAAAGCUCUAAUUCAGAGUCAAGCACUGAGAAAAGUCAAGCACGCUGUCCACAGACAGUUCUUGUUAUAUGAACUUCUAGUUAGUUAUAUGAUUGUAAAGUUAUGGAUGUGUUUAUAUACAUGUAGAUGUCAAAGUUACAAUUGUUAAGGUUUGUACAAAAAAUCGAGGUUUACAAGUAAUAGAAUGUUGAGAUUUACAUGAAUGUCAAGAUUUUUACAAAUGUCAGGAUGAUAUGGCUGUAGAAUUUUAUAUGAAUGUUGAGGAUUAUACGAUUAUCAGUGUUUAUAAAUGAUUGUCAGUGUUUAUAAAUGCGGAUACAAAAUUUUAUAUGAAUGUUGGAGGUUUACAUGAAUGUCAACAUCUUUAUUGAGUGUCAAUGAUUUAUAUGAACAGUACCAAUUACACCUUGAUACUAAUAACUGUUAUGAAUAUGAAAAUGCAUGUAUGUUACCUUGCAUUAAAAUGUGAAAAUACA